UUUUAGAAGGUUUAUGCUAUAUAUCUAUAGUUCUAGUGCAUGUAUCACAACCCAUUUAGGCAUAUUGAAAAUGAAGAAAAAUUACGAAUUUUCGGGAACGUCAAAAUAGGGUCCAUUCAAAAUUCCGUAGUUUAUUUAAAACAAGCAUUAGCAAAAAUAUUUUUACACUAAAUUCAAGAGAAAGAAUGUGUCUUUGCUAGAAAAAACAAUGGUUUGUAUAAAAUAAAACGCGAAGCCGUACGAUUGCCGAGAAUACCUUACAUUUUCCUAUUCGACACAGGGUGCCCAAGCCAUUCUGGAUCCCAAAAUCAACUUCGAGCGAUUUCUCAAAAAAUAAAAUUCGCCCAGGACUUAAAGUUGUAUUUUCGAAAAAUGUCUCACCACAAAGAGUAUUUAAGCAAAGUAUGAGCAAUUUCGAUUUUUUUCAACUGUCCGAGGAUUCUUGACCGUUAUACAAACAUUGACUCUUUCCUUUUUACCCACUUAUUAAUCUGUAUGUUAUGACACAAAAGAAUAAACCGUUUAGUUCUUUAUUUAUUAUAUGGUCUUCAACUACUUGUACAUCCAUCACUAAAACUAUUAUAGUUGGCGCAUCCUCCUACCUUAUGCUUUUUGUUCCGAGUUACUUUUAUUUAACAGCUGUCUUGACAUAUUUUUUGUCAAGUUGACAAACUGUUCGGGUUUUUUCGCCCUGCUGUUGUUUGCCAUCCGGUUACAGCUGUCUAGUGCUGGCUUGGUCUGAGGGAAAACCAUGUCAUUGUGUCAUACUUUGUUCUUUUAAGACGUGUUAAAGUUGAUCAAAGUAAAACACUCUGAGGAAACAAUUCUGCAAUAACAGGAUACUGUCUGUAGAUCACUCCGGCAAAAGGAUUCUGCAGUGAUUUCACUGAAACUCUACGAACUGAAAAAGUCAGGAAGAAAGGGCUUUGAGAAGAUUAUUUUAAGAAGAAGAAGAAGAAAAAGUGACAUUUUUUCAGUCAACAUAAUGAUGGCCUUCUUCAUUAUAGCAUUUUCCUUUUCAAUGUUGAGGGUAACUGAAGUGACAAGUCCCGACCAUCCUUGUCGUACAGUCGAACCAAUCAGUGGAUUUUGCCUUAGAGGACAAAGUUACAAAACGUACGACACGGUAACAUUAGAAAGAUGUAUACUACUGUGUGAGCAAGAAACAGGCUGCUUUAGCAUCAACUACUUCAAGAGAACAAGAGAGUGUCAGUUGAAUAACUCAUCAAAUAAUGAUUUUAUUGAAAACUUUGUUCAAGACGAUGCUUGUUUGUAUAUCGAUAAUGUUCUUCGUCCAUACUCUCUACCGCUGGAGCCAGUUCUUCACUGCAAAUCAAGGAAUGACUCCAAGGCUCUGGGCAUGCGCAGUGGAGAAAUAAAAGACAGCCAAAUCACCGGAAAUAAAUCGCACCCAAAUAACGAGCCGUAUAAAGGGAGACUGGGUUCUAGUACAGGAUGGAUGACGCUGGUGUCCUCGCCCAACAUGUUUAUUCAGGUUUCAUUUGAAGACGCUAGAAGAGUUUUAACAGAUGUAGCAAGCCAGGGCAGUUCCGUCUAUCAGUGCUGGGUGACUGAAUACACAAUAGAAUACAAGGUAGACCGGAAUAGCUUGGACUGGGGAACAUAUGUGGAUAAAUCUACUAACCGGCCACAGAUCUAUCAAGGUAACACGGACAUGAAUACUGUAGUAAAGAAUGCUAUAUCACAGCCUUUCCUUGCCACAGCCGUCAGACUAAUGCCUCAAGCUUGGAAUGCCUGUAUUGCCAUGAGAAUAGAGUUGUAUGGAUGCAAAGAGGGUUCCUUAUAAUGUGACAAAGAAUGCCGGAAACAAGAUAAAAAUGCACUGUGCGCAAACCAGGUUAUCUUUCUGUGCGUAUAUCUGUUGUUAUGACUGUCUGUCUGUUGUUCUGUAUGACUGUCUGUCUGUUGUUCUGUAUGACUGUCUGUCUGUUGUUCUGUAUGACUGUCUGUCUGUUGUUCUGUAUGACUGUCUGUCUGUUGUCCUGUAUGACUGUCUGUCUUUUGUUCUGUAUGACUGUCUGUCUGUUGUUCUGUAUGACUGUCUGCCUGUUGUUCUGUAUGACUGUCUGUCUGCCUAUUUCGCGCACGAAACGAUCAAUUCAUAACUUAUUUCCUUUAAAAAGAUGAGGUAUACACUUUCUUGCUUAAAAUGAAAAACAGUUUAACAUCUGAAUUUUGUCCGUUCAAUUUAAAACUUUAUUUAAAAUUGACAUUUGUUUGAAAGAAAAAACUUAAGAUUUUAUGCGAUAAAUUUUGAAGUUCAAUGAAUUAAAAAGUCUUAACCAAAAGGUCAUUCAGUUUAGAUACUUUUGAUAGAGAUCUCGAAAGAUGUCCUUAACUCCUUAACGUGAUCGUCAAGUCACAUGUUCCACAUGUUUAUUAACCUCUUCAGUCCAUUGCUUGUUUGUAGACCUAUUUUCGUUGCUAUAUUUACCUUGUAUUCAAGAAAACGUACAAGCAAUGGAUUGAAGAGGUUCUGGCGGAAAGUGGUGACAGUUGAAGACUAAUUU